CUAAAUUUGAAAAAAUGAACGACCCAAUUUAAACCUCUUUAUUUUUAAAAACUUUCUGGAACUUUAAUUUCUCUACAAAUAGAAUUAAUUAACUAAAGCAUCAACAAUAAUAUUUUCUUUAGGACUUAGAAUUGUAUAGGAGUAAAAAAUGCAACUCUUGCUCUAUGAUAAUUUGUUGUGUUGGUUUUGGUAUAUAGUUCCUUGUUUGGGAUUGCAAUACUUAUUAUUGAAAAUCUUAUGGCAUAAUACUGAAAAAACUCCGGUGAAGAUUCCGGCAGGCAACCGGGGAAUACCGGUCAUCGGAGAAACCAUCCAGUUCAUGGCUGCUAUCAAUAGCAACAAAGGUUUCUAUGAUUUCAUCAAAAUUCGAAGACUCAAGUACGGAAAUUGUUUCAAAACGAAUAUAUUUGGGCAGACACAUGUAUUUAUUUCAAGCACGGAAGCAGCAAAGAAAAUAUUAAGUAACGAGGGAGAAAAUUUCACCAAGAGAUAUAUAAAGUCAAUCGCGAAGCUUGUGGGAGACCAAAGUUUGCUUUGUGCUUCACAUCACCAGCAUAAACUUAUUCGAAGCCAUCUUAGUACUUUGUUCACAACAUCAUCUCUUUCAACAAUGGUUAGACAAUUUGAUGAAUUGACUGUUAGUAACCUUAGCACCUGGCAUCAUAAAUCCAGCAUUAUAAUACUUCACGAAGCUCUAAAGAUAACCCUCGAAGCAAUAUGCAAAAUGUUAAUGAGUUUGGCAGAAAAAAAGGAACUAGAGAUGUUACAUAAGGAUGUUGGGUUAAUUUAUGAAGCAAUGCUAUCAUUUCCAUUAAGACUACCAUGGACUAGAUUCUACAAGGGCCUACAGGCCAGAAAAAGAAUUAUGAAGUUGCUGGACAAAAUUAUAGAGGCAAGAAGAAAGUCCAAAGAAAAGUAUGAUGAUUUUCUUGAUCAUCUUUUGAUUAGUGAUGAUCAAACCACACAAUUAACAGAUGAACAAAUUAAAGAUAAUAUAUUAACCAUGAUUAUUGCAGGUCAAGACACCACGGCUACUGCAAUUACAUGGAUGAUCAAGUAUUUGGAUGAAAAUCCUAAGGCCCUUAACAAACUCAGGGCUGAACAACAAGCUCUUCAACACAAGAUUUCUUGUAAAUCAUACCUCACAUUUGAAGACCUCAAUUAUAUGACGUAUGCAUCUAAGGUUAUAAAGGAAUCACUUCGAAUGGCUUCAAUAGUGCCAUGGUUUCCAAGAAUGGCACUUCAAGAUUGUGAAAUUGAAGGAUUUACGAUCAAGAAAGGUUGGAUCAUCAACGUGGAUGCUAAAUCAAUACAUUUUGAUCCAAUGAUUUCCCAUGAUCCUGACAAAUUCAUUCCCUCAAGAUUUGAUGAAGAUUCAAAACCAUAUAGUUUCUUAGCAUUUGGAAUGGGAGGAAGAACUUGCCUUGGACUGCAUUUGGCUAGAGCCAUGAUGCUUGUUUUUGUCUAUCGUUUGACCACUUCCUACAGGUGGAAAGUACUAGAUUCAGAUGAAAGCAUCGAAAAAUGGACACUUUUCUCGAGAUUAAAAAGUGGUUGUCCUAUAAGUGUGAAGUGUAUAGAGGAGGAUAGGGAGUUUCCUAAUGCAUCAAAAUCAUGAAGCCAAAUUUUCACAUUGCAAUCAUUGUUGUUUAUUAGAGGAAUUACUUUACUUUUGUGUUUCUCAUGAGGUUUAGGAUUAACCUCUGUUGAUCUAACACACUUCCUAAGAAAACUUUGAUUAAAUGUGUAUUCAACUAAAAAUACCUCCUAAGAAAACUUUGAUUAAAUAUGUAUUCUACUAAAAAUAAACUUUUUAAUGGUGCGUUAGAAUUCUA